AUGUCGUUAGUUUAUAACAAGACUCCACUAUUAAAACAUUUUUUUCCUGGUAAGAACCUACCACAAUUCUAUCUAAAGUACGAGAGUUUACAACCAAGUGGUAGCUUUAAAAGUAGAGGUAUUGGUAAUUUAAUAUUAAAAAAUGCUAUAAGGAUAAAAAAAAUAAAUGUUAAAAAACCAUAUGUCUUCUCGAGUUCCGGUGGAAAUGCAGGUUUAGCAGCUGCCACUGCUUCCCAAAGAUUAUCUUUGCCUUGUACUGUUGUGGUUCCAACUGCGACAAAAGAAAGGAUGGUUCAAAAAAUUAGAGCUACUGGUGCAAAUGUUAUAAUAAAAGGUAAUCAUUGGAAAGAAGCAGAUAAUUUCUUGAAACAAAAUAUUAUGAAUGAAAUCAAUAAAGAUAAAAUUGAGCCUAUUUAUGUCCAUCCUUUUGACAAUCCGCUUAUUUGGGAAGGCCAUUCUACUAUGGUAGAUGAAAUAAUGGAAACAUUUUCCCAACAAAAAUUUAAUAUAAAAAAUUUAAAAGCAAUUGUAUGUAGUGUUGGUGGAGGUGGUUUAUAUAAUGGCAUAAUCCAAGGGUUAGAAAAAUAUAAUCUAGCUGAUAAAAUACCUGUUGUUGGCGUAGAGACUCAAGGAUGUCAUGUAUUCAAUACUUCCUUGAAACUAAAUAAGCCAGUAGAAUUCACUAAAAUUUCAACAAUUGCAACAUCUUUGGGUACAGCUAAUAUUUCCAAUCAAAUGUUUGAUUAUGCCAAAAAAUAUAAUACAAAAUCAGUUGUUGUAGAAGAUAAAGAUGUUGUAGAAACAUGUUUGAAAUUUACUCAUGACCACAAUAUGGUAAUAGAACCCGCCUGUGGAGCUGCAAUCCAUUUGGGUUACCACACGGAUCUUCUGGAGACUGCAUUAGGAACUAAACUAACAUGUGAUGAUGCAGUGUUAAUCGUCGCUUGUGGCGGUUCAUCAAAUACAGUAAAGGAGUUAGAAACUGCAUUAUUAGAAUUAAACUUAAAAAGUCAAAAAGCAUCUCCUACAAUUCCAAGUUUCAUAGAUAUUUAA